AGGAAGUAGACAGGUUUUGACGAGAAUGGCUCGGUGUAGAAGUUGUGAAAGAGAGAAAGAAUGCACGUUGUUGUUCGGAAAUGCAGUGCUACCAGUGCGUCGGUUUAACACAAGUUAACUGCCAGAUAUUCCAAGCAAAAAUGAAAUCCUAAACACCUGGGGAAACCUGUUAGAAUGACAAUUACAAAACGAGCCGGGUGAUAUAUUUCACCCAGCAUUGCAAUGUCAACGCGGAGCAACCAACCUGCAGAACGCCUGACAGUGACACCUUAAAUUCCCGCUUUAUUGUCGAUCCAACAUUUGACUAAUCAUUAUUUCGCUAUGCUAUGUUUUGCUCCUCUUUCAUCUUCUGUCUGACGGACCUGGUCCUACAAACAUGACGCCUGACCUCCUUAACUUUAAGAAGGGAUGGAUGUCGAAGCUGGAUGAGGAUGGAGAGUGGAGGAAGCACUGGUUUGUGCUAACAGACACCAGCCUGAGGUACUACAGAGAUUCAGAGGCAGAGGAGAAAGAUGAUCUGGAUGGAGAGAUCAGCCUGCUGUACUGUGUGAAGGUUUCUGAGUGUGAUGUGGAUAAGAACUAUGGUUUUCAGAUAGAGACACAAGAGGCAGUGUUCACUCUGUCAGCGGUGACCUCAGGAAUCAGGAAGAACUGGGUUGAAGUCAUUACAAAGACUGUACUGCCAUGCAGCUCCCCUGACAUCACACAGCUGCCGGAUGGCAGUGGUGUCAAGGACACCUCCCUGUCCCGCCCCCUGCCGUCCCAACGCCAGUCCUCCUGGCAGACGCAGGGCGACUCUGGCGAAGCGGCCGCUCCCUCCCCGCGUUCGCGCGACUACGCAGAGCUGGCCCCGGCAACGGCGACCCCCGGCACGCCGCCGCCGUCGCCGACCGGCGAGGGCGAGCUGGAGGAAGGGCAGGACAGCGAGCAGCAGAGGCGGCUGGAGGGCAGGAGCCGGUGGUUCCAGGAGGAAGCCUCCGAGAAGGCAGCCGCCGGCAGCCCCUGGGACGCCGUGGUGCUGAGGAAGGGCCUCUGCCCGCCGCUCCUGUCAGAGGAGGACGUCGAGAAGAGGUGGGCGGAGUUUGAGAGGCGGCCCCUGAGGGAGGCGGAGUCACCACCACUGAUGGUAACCCUUGGAGACCAUCCAGAUGAUGAGGCACUGCAGAGAGAGGUGGAGACUCUAAGGCAGCAGCUGGCAGGUCUGCAGAGUGAUGGAGACGCGGUGGAGUGUGGACAGUGCGGCCCGGGGGCCGACUGGGGCCGGAGUCUGGAGGUGAUGGAGAGGGCCCACAGACAGGCGCUGGAGGAGCUGCAGCAGCGGCACGACCAGGAGCUGAGGGAACUGCAGAGAGAGAAGGAGAGGCUGCUCCGCGAGGAGACUCAGGCGACUGCCCAAGCGAUGGAGGCAUUGAAGAAGGCGCACAGGGAGGAGCGGGAGCGGGAGAUAGAGAAAAUGAGGAGGCAGGCUGGGGGCGAUGCUGGCACACACGACUUCAACAAAGAGCAGCAGUCAGAGACUCUGGGCCUGCAGAGGGAGCUGGACGACCUGUCCGAGAGGUACUCCCAGAAGUGCAUGGAGCUCAACAGGGCUGAGCAGAGCAACGCAGAGCGGGAGAGGGAGAUCAGCCGCCGGGAGAGAGAGAUGGCCCAGCUGCGGAAGGAGAACCAGGAGCUGGAGUCUCGUCUGAAGGAUGAGAUUAGUCACAUGAGCCCUUUCAUCACCGGUCAGGGGUCAGGGGUCAGUGUCUCCCUCAGCAGCCAUGAACUCAGUUCCUGUGACCUGGAGAUGCUACUGCGAGUUAAAGAGAACGAGCUGCAGUACCUACACAGGGAGAUUAGCUGCCUGAGGGAUGAACUACAUUCUCUCAUUAAGGAGAAGCGGUCGGCGUGCGACCGAUACAAGGAGGUGUACACGGAGCUGGGCCGGAUGAAGAGCCGCAGCGAGCAGGAGAUCGAGGCCCUGAAGGAGCACCUGAAACUGGCCAUGGCCGCUCUGCAGGAGGGGCAGCAGCUGGAGAACAAUCUGGAACACUGAGACGGG